GCCACAUCCAUGAGCUUCGAAAACCCUGGGCUUCAAAGCAACAUCAUUCAAUUCCCAAUUCGCCGAUUUGACAGGCACAGCUAGCCGUUGGUUUCGCAGUGGCACCAGAUCAAGACGUCCACGAUGAUUACUCGCUUCAUCACCGAGGUGAACACAAGGUUCAACCCAUUUUCGAUGCGCUCGCGCGCCACGAGGUUAUUUCUCAGCUACCUCCCUCCCAAUGCGCGCGCCUCGGGAGUUCAGAUUAACACGACCCUACUUCCCCGUACAUCGACUGAGCCAAGUACCCUAAGUGUCAAAUUCAAAGAUGGAAAGGAGAUGAAGCUUGAUGGCGAAAUACUAGGCAUCAAGGGUAUUAUUGAAGAAGUAGACAGACACUCUCGUGCGCUGCAAAAGCAGGCAGACCUUGCCGAUGGCUAGACGGACUCGACAAUCCCAUUAUCCUUACUGUACAAUUGCGAGCAUUGAAUGGCGUUUGGGGGCUCUUUGAGCGCGAUACCACUUGGUUGGCGUGACGGCGAACGGCUGUAUAUCGUACAAUCAGCAAUUUCUGAAAAUUCACACUGAACUCGGGCAUUGAAGCCUGGGGCAUGAGAUGACAUUUGAACAGUGUGUUACCAGUCACGAUGCUUCAAUUAACAGCGUGAUUAUAUUAGUGUCUCUAUUAUUGCACACCUGGGUUUCUACAAAGUCUCAGGAUUCAACAACAUGUGGAGU